GAGCAGGGAUGCCAUAAAAAUGCGAGGAUGAAGGUGGAGGACAGCUGAGCGUCUCGCGAUGGACGGCAGAGGGAGGAGAGGAACCAACGGCUCCUUCAAGCGCUCGUCCAUCAAGCGCAGCGCCUCGUCCGGAUCUCAGAGGCUUCAGAGAGCCUGGAUCGAGAAAACUUUCCAGAAGAGAGAAUGCAUCCAGGUCAUUCCGGGGAAAGACGCCAGCAGAUGCGGCUGUGGUCAGUUGGUGGCACAGCACACGGCCGUGCCAGCAGGGGGCCGGGAGGAAGAGGACGCGCCCCCGCUGGUUCUGCUGGAGGUCCAGGCCACAGAGCGCUGGACCCCCCUCAAGCACACCCGGGCCACGCCCACUGACGCCUAUGGCGUCAUUGAGUUCCAGGAAGGAGGUCACAUCAACAAGGCCAUGUACAUCCGCGUGUCGUACGACUCCAAGGCGGACUCCUUGCUGCACCUGAUGGUGAAGGACUGGCAGCUGGAGCUUCCCACGCUGCUCAUCUCGGUCCACGGCGGCCUCCAGAACUUUGAGCUGCCCCCCAAGCUGCGUCAGGUGUUUGGGCGGGGCCUCAUUAAAGCCGCCGUCACCACGGGGGCGUGGAUCUUCACCGGCGGCGUCAGUACCGGCGUGAUCCGCCACGUCGGCGACGCUUUGAAAGACCACUCGUCCAAGUCCCGGGGAAAGGUGUGCGCCAUCGGCAUCGCCCCAUGGGGCAUCAUCGAGAACAAGGAGGACCUCAUCGGGAGAGACGUGUCCCGGCCCUAUCAGACCAUGGCCAACCCCCUCAGCAAGCUGUCGGUUGUGAACAGUAGCCACUCCCACUUCAUCCUGGCCGACAACGGCACCAGCGGAAAGUACGGCGCCGAGGUCCGACUGCGCCGCCAGCUGGAGAAACACAUCGCCCUGCAGAAGAUCAACACGCGUCUGGGUCAGGGCGUCCCGGUGGUGUGUCUGAUCCUCGAAGGCGGUCCCAACGUGAUCUCCAUCGUGUUAGAGAGCCUGAAGGAGGAGCCCCCCGUCCCCGUGGUGGUGUGCGACGGCAGCGGCCGGGCCUCCGACAUCAUUUCCUUCGCCCACAGAUACUGCGAAGAGGACGGCAUGGUGAGCGAGGGCGUGAAGGAGCAGCUGCUGGUGACCAUCCAGAAGACCUUCAACUACGGCCGCAGUCAGGCGCAGCAGAUCUUCCUCAUGGUGAUGGAGUGCAUGAAGAAGAAAGCUCUGAUUACGGUGUUCCGGAUGGGUUCUGAAGGCCAGCAGGACAUUGAGAUGUCCAUCCUGACGGCGCUGCUCAAAGGCACCAACGCGUCGGCGUGCGACCAGCUGAGUUUGGCGCUGGCGUGGAAUCGGGUGGACAUCGCUCGCAAUCAGAUCUUUGUGUACGGACAUCACUGGCCGCCAGUGAAGCUCAGUGAGCAUCCAAAGAGUCCGGCGUCGGUCCAGCGGGCAGCGGCGGCGGCACCAGCAGCGGCCAAAGGAAAAGCCCGAGGAAAAAAAGGAAAAGCCGGUAAAAGCAAACCUGAGCCACCAGAGGAGACGGACCCCAGGAAACUGGAGCUGCUUAGCUGGGUCAACUCGUUGGAGCAGGCCAUGAUGGACGCGCUUGUCCUGGACAGAGUGGACUUUGUGAAGCUUCUCAUCGAGAAUGGCGUCAACAUCCAUCACUUCCUCACCAUCCCUCGUCUGGAGGAGCUCUACAACACGAAGCUCGGACCCCCCAACACGCUGCACUUUGUGGUGCGAGACGUAAAAAAGGGGAACCUGCCUCCGGACUACCAAAUCACCUUGAUCGACAUCGGGCUGGUGCUGGAGUUCUUGAUGGGCGGAGCUUAUCGCUGCAAAUACACCAGGAAGAGUUUCAGGACGCUGUACAACAACUUGUACGGCCUGAAGAGGCCAAAAGCGUUGAAACUGUUGGGGAUGGAGGAUGACGAGCCCCGUCCCAAAGGUAAAGGCAAGAAGAACAAGAAGAAAGAGGAGGAGGUAGACAUCGAUGUGGACGACCCCGAGGUCAGUCGCUUCCAGUACCCGUUCCACGAACUAAUGGUGUGGGCUGUGCUAAUGAAGCGCCAGAAGAUGGCGCUGUUCCUGUGGCAGCGAGGGGAGGAGGCCAUGGCCAAAGCUCUAGUGGCCUGCAAGCUCUACAAGGCCAUGGCCCACGAGUCUUCCCAAAGCGAGUUGGUGGACGACAUCUACCAGGAUCUGGAGAACAACUCCAGAGAGUUCGGGCAGCUGGCUUACGAGCUUCUCGACCAGUCGUACAAACGCGACGAGCAGGUGGCCAUGAAGCUGCUGACCUACGAGCUGAAGAACUGGAGCAACUCCACCUGUCUAAAGCUGGCAGUGGCCGCCAAACAUCGAGAUUUCAUCGCCCACACGUGCAGCCAGAUGUUGCUUACUGACAUGUGGAUGGGAUGUCUGAGGAUGGGCAAGAGUAACAGCCUCAAGGUGAUUUUAGGAAUCGUUUUUCCCCCUGCCAUCCUCCUCCUAGAGUUCCGUAUCGGAGACGAAGCUUCGUAUCACUCCUCUAAAGAGAAUGAGGGCAGCAAAAGCAAAGAAGAAGACAACAAGUCCUGCAAAGAUGCCAUCUCCAACAUGGACACCACAUCCAAGAAAGGAGAUGAGGAAGAAAACCUGAAGAAAGGCAGGAAGAGGGUUCCCAUUGGGAGUCAGAUCUAUGAGUUCUACAACGCCCCCUUCACCAAGUUCUGGUUUAACACUAUUUCCUACCUGGUCUACCUCUCAUUGUACAACUACAUCAUCCUGGUCAAGAUGGAGCGAUGGCCAUCCCUUCAGGAGUGGAUCGUCAUCUCGUAUAUCAUAACGCUGGGCCUGGAAAAAGUCCGACAGAUCCUGAUGUCGGAGCCGGGCAAAUUGAAGCAGAAGAUUAACGUGUGGCUGGAGGACUACUGGAACAUCACAGACCUGGUGGCCAUCUGGGUCUUCCUGCUCGGGCUGCUGUUGAGGCUGCAGAAUGAGCCCUACAUGGGCUACGGCCGCGUUAUCUAUUGCGUGGACAUCAUCUUCUGGUACAUCCGCGUCCUCGACAUCUUCGGGGUCAACAAGUACCUGGGGCCAUACGUGAUGAUGAUUGGGAAGAUGAUGAUCGACAUGCUGUACUUCGUAGUCAUCAUGCUGGUGGUCCUGAUGAGCUUCGGCGUGGCCCGGCAGGCCAUCCUGCAUCCGGACGAGGAACCUACAUGGCGCCUAGCUCGCAACAUCUUCUACAUGCCGUACUGGAUGAUCUACGGCGAGGUGUUUGCAGACUCCAUAGACCUUUACGCCAUGGAGAUCAACCCUCCAUGUGGAGACAACUUGUACGAUGAAGACGGGAAGAAGCUUCCUCCCUGCAUCCCUGGAGCCUGGCUGACUCCCGCCAUCAUGGCCUGCUAUCUUCUGGUGGCCAACAUCCUGCUGGUCAACUUGCUCAUCGCCGUCUUCAACAACACGUUCUUCGAGGUGAAGUCCAUCUCAAACCAGGUGUGGAAGUUCCAGCGUUACCAGCUGAUCAUGACCUUCCACGAUCGGCCCAUUCUGCCGCCGCCGCUCAUCGUCUUCCCGCACAUCUUCAUCGUCCUCAAGAGGCUGUGUUGCCGAUGCCGUCGCCGGCAGGAUGGCGACCGCGACGACCGCCAGAGACGCCUACAGCUGCUGCUGAGUGCGGACGAGCUGAAGAGUCUUCACGAGUUCGAGGAGCAGUGCGUGGACGAAUACUUCCGCGAGAAAGACGACGAGAAGCAGUCGUCCAACAACGAGAGGAUCAGAGUCACCUGCGAAAGGGUGGAGAACAUGUUCAUGCGUCUGGAGGAGGUCAACGAGCGGGAACAUUCCAUGAAGGCGUCGCUGCAGACGGUGGACCUGCGCCUGGCGCAGCUGGAGGAGUUCUCAGGCCGCAUGAUGAACGCCCUGGAGAAGCUGGCGGGCGUCGACCGGGCCGAGCUGGCCCGCACGCGCUCCAGAGGCUCGUCCAUGUGCGACGGCGCCGCUCUGCUGCGACGCGGCAGCAUCAUCAGCGCCGACGGCUGCAGCCUGUACCGCUACCAGCUGGAGCCCGACCCGGACGGGACCUCCAUGGGCGGGAGUCCGGAGAGGCGAGGGGUGAACGUGGACGAGGGUGACGCCCAUGUGGCCGUCAAGGAGGCGGGCGCCACUCUGGACAUCCACCAAGUGCGGGACAGAAGUCAGUCUUUGUCCAACGUGGACAUCCUCAUCUCUCCCUGCGAGCAGGACCGCAGAUCACCUGAGACCAUCGCCGUGGAGACGGCGGGAGGACACGCUAGACUGGAGGCAGUGGUCUCCUUCCCGCUAGAGAGGUCAAGGGUCACGCCGUGUUUGUCCUCCCACGUGUCAAACAAAGGAUCCGUAAGCAGCCUGCUGUGUAGCCCCGCCCUCCGGCAGACGCCUGACCGCCUGGCACAAGGUCACCAAGGCAACGGCGAGGGGGAGGAGCCCGAGGAGGACAACGAGGACAGGACGUACCCGACACUGCGCUCCAAAAGCCUCAACGUGAACCCAAAGAAGGGCCGGACCCAAAGGACGGACGCGCCUCGCUCGGCUGCCAGCGUCGCCGAUUUGGUAUCCGCGUUUGGGGGCGGCGAGGGCGAGGACCCGAGCUAGCCGGGUCAAAGGUCAGCAGGACUUGAACGAUCAUAUUUGUAAGCAUCUUCAGUCUUCCUGCUCUGUGGGGCCUGAUUCAGUGGGUCCCGUUUAUGUCGACAACCCACCGCGUUAUUAUGACUAAAAAGUGGCAGCAAUUUUUAUCUCUAUAAAAUAAAUGAGUCCGUUUAUGUCGACAUCACCCUCCCUACAUGCAGAUCUGUGCAUUUUGUGUAAAUAAGCACAUGGAAAAUGUUCAUUCCUAGCCUCUUCCUGCUCUGUCACUGGUAAGAAUAUAAUGGCAAGAAGGGCAUGAGCAGACUUUUUCCCUGAGGAAGCUUUGGUCCUUUAAAGGCCUACUGAAACCCACUACUACCGACCACGCAGUCUGAUAGUUUAUAUAUCAAUGAUGAAAUCUUAACAUUGCAACAAAUGCCAAUACGGCCGGGUUAACUUAUAAAGUGCAAUUUUAAAUUUCCCGGGAAACUUCCGGUUGAAAACGUCUAUGUAUGAUGACGUAUGCACGUGACGUCAAUAGUUGAAACAGACAUUUUGGAAUAGGUCGGUCGCCAGCUUAAAUCGUCUUUUUUCAUCGCUAAAUUCCACAGUAUUCUGGACAUCUGUGUUGGUGAAUCUUUUGCAAUUUGUUUAAUGAACAAUGGAGACUGCAAAGAACAAACCUGUAGGUGCGAUCGGUGUAUUAGCGUCUGGCUACAGCAACACAACCAGGAGGACUUUGACUUGGAUAGCAGACGCGCUAUCCGACGCUAGCCGCCGACCGCAUCGAUGAUCGGGUGAAGUCCUUCGUCGCUCCGUCGAUCGCUGGAACGCAGGUGAGCUUCAGUUUUGAUGAGCAGAUGAGAGCUGGCGUAGGUGGAGAGCUAAUGUUUUUAGCAUAGCUCUGUCGAGGUCCGUAGCUAAGUUAGCUUCAAUGUUAGCAACAGCAUUGUUAAGCUUUGCCAGGCUAGAAAGCAUUAACCGUGUAGUUACAGGUCCAUGGUUUAAUAGUAUUGUUGAUUUUAUGUCUAUCCUUCCAGUCAGGGGUUUAUUUAUUUUGUUUCUAUCUGCAGUUAAGCACGAUGCUAUCACGUUAGCUCCGUAGCUAAAGUGCUUCACCGAUGUAUUGUCGCGGAGAUAAAAGUCACUGUGAAUGUCCAUUUCGCGUUCUCGACUCUCAUUUUCAAGAGGAUAUAGUAUCCGAGGUGGUUUAAAAUACAAAUCCGUUAUCCACAAUAGAAAAAGGAGAGAGUGUGGAAUCCAAUGAGCCCUUGUACCUAAGUUACGGUCAGAGCGAAAAAAGAUACG